AUGCCCUCGUUCUCGAGAACGCGGUGGGCCGGGGCAGCCCAUUUUCGGUCCCGGAAUUCUUCGACGCUCGCUGUGGGUGCACGAUGGACUCCCCCCGGCAAGAUGCGGUGCUUCGGGGCCGGCUCAGGGGUUGGCCUCGGCGGGGAAACACCGCGGGUGGUUCCAGAGAGCCGCAUCGGACGAACCUGUGGCUCGAUCGCGCUGGCGGGGAACGCGGCCGAAUGCUGCUCGUCGGCAAAGGUGCACAAGGUGGCGGCCAGCGGACGCGGCACUUGGUCCGCGGCGUCGUGGGGGAUGUGCGACGGCUUGCUGGGGCUGAGGAACGCCCGAAUCGGCGAAAUUGUCACUGCUCUGCGUGGUCCGGGCGUCGCGCGACGACGAGGUUCGCCAGGCCCAGCAGCAGCUCCUCGGGCAUCUACGAUGCCUGCUGGAGCCGCCGGAGACCACGACGGACGUGGGGGACCCGCGGGGCGCGAGAAACGGCAUGCGCAGCACCCAGAACGACGCCUACGGCAACCUGCCCCUGCUGCCCCGCGCCAGCCCCGGCGCGGCGCGCGCGUUGCGCUUCCGAAGGAGCUGCGCGUACCAGCCCUCACUAACGGCUCCCGCCACGCGGAGGCACCCCCAGCAGACCCCGAUUUUGGGGACCGUUGUCCCGUCGAAACACCCCGAUUUCUCGUCGAUCUAGCCUCUUUUUAUGAGUUUCUGCUAAAAGGUCGUUGCGAGGUGCUCUGUGGCGCGGGACACGCGCGGCGGGAGACGACGGCGAGCGCGGAGUCACCCGUCGCACGCGGCGACGGUCUUGGCGUUCUCGGCCUCGGACAGCACGACGAGGCGUCCGUCGACGGCGGCAAAGGCCGCCGACAGGCCCGUCCUGGGCUUGUCCGCGGGCGCCGGCGCGUCUCCCGCGUCGUCGAGCGCGACGCCCGUCUUCCGGACCAUCCGGGCUUCGACGGCGCGGAGCGUCGGCUCGAGCUCAAACGUGCGGCGGGCCGGGUCGUCGUGGACGCGGGCGAGGUCGUGGCAGUAGACGAGGAGGCGGCCCUUCUUGAAGUUGAUGCCGUUGAUGGUCUGGUCGGCGCGGAGCGUCUCGAUGACGUUGCCGCGCGGGCCCUUCGCGGCGACGAAGAGCUCGAACUCGUCCUGGUACCCGAGCGCGGGCGUCGCGCACGCGAAGACGGUGCCCUCGUUGUCCUUGAGGUCCCGCGCGAUGGACUCGCCGUCGUUGAAGCGCAUGGUGCGCGUCCGCCGCGCGCCGGCCGCGUCCGUGAGCUCGAGGUGGACGCGGCGCAUCUAUGCGCACGCAGCGGCAGCGGCACGCCGCCCUCGAGGUCCUCGGUCCGCGACCGCGCCGUGUCCCGCGCCGCCUCCUCGCUCCCGCCGGAAGCGGUCCUGGCCCGUCGCAUAGCCCGCGUCGGAGAUGUUCAUGGCGGCACCUUGACGAGAUGUUGA